AUCGCCAAGCUCAAUGAUGUUCCCAGUGGCUGCAACAGGUAUCCCUCUCCCAAUACUCCCCACUAGUCCCUGGCUGAGCGUCGUCCCGAUAUCAGUCGAGAUUUGGCGCGAUGGAAGUCUGGUUCGAGGGUCUAACCUGCUGGGCACCCAUGUCCAGGGGAAAAAAACGACUCUUGGACAACGUGACCGGGCGAUUCGUGCCCGGAGAGCUCACUGCCAUUAUGGGGCCUUCGGGAGCAGGCAAGACAACUCUACUCAAUGCCGUAUCUGGGUACAGACGCAGUGGUGUCCGUGGGAAGAUUGUAGGAGGGUCCGGACGAACCUUCUGCUACAUCGCCCAAGAAGACAUCUCUGACCCUCUGCUGACCCCGGCAGAACUAAUGGAGUUCGCCAGUCGGCUAAAGCUACCUGCAAACUACACGCCCAAGCAAAGAGCCAUCGUUGUGGAGAAUCUCAUCUCAUCCCUUGGACUGGACGAUUGCGUCAACACCAUGAUUCAGAGACUUUCCGGCGGUGAGCAGAAGCGGCUCUCGAUAGCAUUAGAACUAAUAAAUAAUCCACCUGUUCUUUUCCUCGACGAACCGACCAGGUACAUUAAUCACCACAAGAAAACUUUAAUAACUACCUUACCAUUAAAGGUCACCUUAGCAUGUUAUUAUCUUCGCAGUGGGCUGGACACCGUAUCCGCAGGUCUUCUGCUCCGCUUGCUGAGUAGACUCUCGAAGGAUGGGAGGACGAUAGUAGUGACUAUUCACCAACCUUCCGCUUCUGUUUUUGAUCUAUUCGACAGGGUCUACCUCUUGGCGAUGGGCAAGUGUGUCUACCAAGGAGGAUCCGGGAAGCACCUGCUGAAGUACCUAGAGGUCAACGGAUUCAUCUGUCCCAUCCAUCACAACCCGGCGGAUUACGUCAUCGAAUUGACAGAAGACAAAAAUAAUGUGAACAUCCUCUGUGAGGCUGCAAAAAAUGGUGAAACAAGUUGGUUUAUAGGUUCGGAAGAUGAUAAAGGCAAAGGUGCAAAUUCGGAAACAAAUUCCAAGAGGAGGGAAUCAAACGUGGAAGAUUCCAUUUUGGAUCACAAAUCAUGCGAAUCCUUUUGGAUACAGUUCUCUACAAUAUUCUUCAGGAUAUUUCUUAAAGAAAGAAGAAAUAAGACGGGCCUUAAAUUGCAAAUCUGCCACCACCUGUGCUGCACCUUGGCCCUCGGCAUCAUGUUCUUCAAGAAGGCCGACGAUGGGACAUCGUUCAUCGCCCACCUGAAGGUCUGUAUGGCCAUCCCCAUCUUCCAGGCCUACACGAUGCAGAUGGUACCAAUGCUUUAUUAUCCCUUCGAGGUUAAACUCCUGAAGAAGGAGCAUUUCAACAAAUGGUACGGACUUUUCCCAUAUUAUUUGGCAUAUACAGCUGCCAAAGCACCAGUAAUGCUGGCAUUGAAUUUGCUAGACAGCAUCAUAGUCUACAAUCUGGUCGGCUUACCUUGGGAAGUGGAUAGGUUUCUGUUAUUCUGCUUCACCGGCCUGAUGGUGGGGUUCGUCGCCGAUGGUUUGGGCCACACCAUUGGUUCUUUGUUCUCGCCGACUAACAGUUGUGCCAUCGGCCCUUUCACUUUUGCGCCUUUCGUCGGGCUGGCAAAUUACGGAUACGAUUUUAUGAAGACCAUUCAUCCGCUGAUGGACAUCCUCAUUCACAUGUCCUACGUGAGAACAGGAAUAGUGGCCAACAUCCUGGUACUCUACGGCCUCGACAGGAAUAAAUUGAGCUGCCCGGACAACAUAGAUCACUGCCUCUACAAGGAUCCCAAGGAAAUUUUAUAUUACUUGAACCUCGAAAGGUUCAACAUACCGCUCAUCACUUUACAUCUUCUUAUAAACCUCUGCCUCUUCAGGUAA